AUGAAACCAGAUGAAAGCUGGCUCAACGAUCCAUUCUGGGUCUAUCCACAUUUAGUCGAGCAGAUUGCGCUUAUGCAGGAGCCCUCUGUAUGGGGUAUCCGAGAUCAUGUCCGACUGACGGAGACAGAAGGGAAACCAGAAGGAAGACCACAGCCCGACUACAGACGACUCCACGACAUCGCCCGACAUGCAAUCCAUGUGAACGAAACACUCGACGUCGCCUUGCAAAAUCUAGAGCACAUCUUAACGCAACAUGAGAGCUAUACAAAUUCGAUCCCAGAUAAUGCCUCUCCUGCUUCCGAAGACAUCCAUCUUCGUCUGCGAUCCUGGCAGUCUUUCAUUGCCAACUUACGAUCUCGGUCCAUUUCAAAUGAAAAGAGACUGCAAAAUGAAAUCCAGCUGGCCUUUAAUACCGUGGCUCAGCAUGAUGCCAGUGUUACUCUUGAAAUUGGUCGGGCGACCCAAUUGGACAGUGCCACCAUGAAAACGAUCGCCUUUGUUACACUUACGUUUCUCCCCCUACCUUCAUAUGUGCUAUUUUCAGCAUGUCAUUUUUUGAUUUCGGCGGGGACUCCGGCUGGACUAUGUCAAGCAAGUUCUGGAUUUACUGGGUCUUCGCUAUUCCAACCACCAUUUUUACAACUCUGGUGUGGACUUAUUGGCCAGAUAUCCGUCGCAUGUUGUUUUCCAAGAUUGAGUGAACUUGGCAUCCUUGUCUGA